AUGCAGAAAAAAGACUCUUCCCGAAUAAAAAAUCUUAUUAUACACAGUGCCAUACUAGAUCUGUAUUAUAAGCAGAACAAAUGCGAGCCAUUAGGAGAAGUUCUAAACAAAAUGAACACUCUGAAUCGGUUCACACUUAUUGAGGUAAUAUGCGCAAAGAUAUACAGCAGCUCCGUAAUUACCUAUCUUCCCCAGUAUACUGGGCUGGAAAUAUUCUUUACAGCAUGCAUAAUAUUUAAGAAGUACUGGAAUGACUUUUCUUUAAAGAAUAUAGAAGAAACAAGCAAUGACAUAGUUGGCAUAAAAAAACUAAAUAGAAUAGAGAUGGCAAUACUUGAGCUUAUAAAGUAUGACGUGCACAUUACAAAAGAGCAAAUACAGAAGGAAAUAGAAUUAGAAAGAAAUGUAGAUGUUAAUUAUAAAGAAGCUAUGUCUAGCAUUGCAGUGCAUGUAAUGCAAUAG